AUGGCAAACAAAAUCCAUCUUGGUGACACUUCACCAUCGCUUGACGACACCGCAGACUAUAAAAGCGCCGAGCGCGGUUUCUUGAAAUCGCGAAAGCAAUGUUUGAUCAAAAACGACAAGGGAAAGAUAGUCUGGGACAGUGACGAGUACAAGUUCGUCAACGAACAGCCCUGCCCAGCUACUGUCAACCCCAAACUGUGGCGCCAGGCUCAACUGCUAUCAAAGCAAGGGCUAUAUCGCAUUAGCCCUUCCAUGUACCAAGUUCGCGGCUUUGACAUCUCCCACAUCACCUUUGUCGAGGGCAAAACAGGUAUCAUUGUCAUCGAUCCCCUAGUUUCGUGCGAAUGUGCCAAGGCAGCUUUGGAGCUCUAUCAGUCCGAGCGAGGAGUUCGCCCAGUCAAAGCCAUCAUAUACUCUCACUCGCAUAUUGAUCACUAUGGCGGAGCGGCGGGGGUAUUGCCUGAUUCAGUGAUAGGCUCUGCGAUCGACAACAUCCUCAUUAUUGCUCCUGAGGGGUUCAUGAAGGAAGCAACCUCAGAGAACAUUGUUGCAGGACCUAUCAUGCGCCACCGUGCAGUAUACAUGUAUGGAUCCACUCUCCCCAGAUCUCCCGUCGGACAGAUUGGUGUCGGAUUAGGGAUGGGAACUUCACAAGGCAAAACCAGUCUCAUCCCGCCUACCAUCGACAUUCGUUACACUGGACAGGUUUUGACCAUUGAAGACGUUCGCAUUGUCUUUCAAAUGGUGCCAGAUACUGAGGCACCAGUUGAAGUGAACAUGUACUUCCCCGAUGAGCAGGCUCUUUUGGUCCCCGAAUGUGCAGUCCACUGCAUGCACAAUAUCACUACUCUUCGGGGUGCUUUGAUCAGAGAUGCGAGAGCAUGGAGCAAGUAUCUCGACGAAACUAUAAUCUUGUACUGUGAGAAUGACCGAACGGAUGUUUUGUUCGGGAGUCACAGUUGGCCGACAUGGGGAGAGGAGAAUGUGAAGAGCUUGCUGGAAGAUCAAAGAGACCUAUAUGCCUACCUGCAUGACCAAACAGUGAGGCGAAUGAAUGAAGGCUGGAAUGGCACUGAAAUUGCAGAGGCAAUGAUUUUACCUGCCCGACUGAGACGAGCAUGGCAUACACAAGGAUUUUAUGGGAGUGUGAGCCAUAACGUGAAGGGCAUGUAUCAACGUUAUAUGACAUGGUUUGAUGGAUAUGCUGAGAACCUCUGGAAGUGGCCACCACACCAGGAGGCUUGCAGGUACAUCAAAUGCAUGGGAGGCGUGAACAAAAUUCUGACCAAGGCUAAGCUCUUCAUUGAGGAAAAUGACUUGCGAUUCGCCGCUACUUUGCUAGGCCACCUUGUCGCGGCAGGCGACCAAGCUGGGGGCACUCCGGCUUUGCGAGCUGAAGGAAAAGCAAAGCUGGCAGACGUAUUUGAGCGCCUUGGAUUUGGGAGUGAAAAUGCAACAUGGAGAAACUUCUACUUGGGCCAAGCAUUGGAUCUAAAAAGAGGGAAUCGUCCUCGAAACAGAUAUCAGUCCGGGCUGGCCAACCUUCCAGUGAGUUUGUCAGUGGAACAAUGGCUCGGUAAUCUGGCCCUUAGAAUCGAUGGAGAAGAAGCUGGAAAAGACGAAACGCGCAUAUGCAUUGAUAUUCUCGUCACAGACGCGCAGGAAAAAUGGAAAUUGAUUCUUAGCAAUGGCGCUUUGACUUACAGACGACAAAAUGAAAACACCAGUGGAAUGAACUCCCAGGUGGAUCUGUCUGUGUCUCUUAAAAAGCACGAGAUACAACGGAUCCUGACUGGCAGGGAUGUGGGAGAAAUCCAAAUCCUCGGCGGCCAUGUUCAGGCACUCAAUAAGUUGCUUUCAUUUGCGGGAAUUUCCGAAGCCAAGCUUAGGUCAAACAGUCAUCUAUAA